AUGGCGAUUAUGUUAUAUUUGUUAUUGUUAAUGACUUUGUUGAGUGCUGGAUAUGCGGAACAGAGGACGGCUUCUUUACCGCCAGAAAAAAGGGGGCCACUUUUAGAAGUAAUAUCAAAGUGCUUUUCUGAAACCGGAAUAAGUGCGGAAACUUUGAUGAAAUUAAAAGAGUCAAAGUUGAGUGACGAUAAAAAUUUUAAUAAAUUCUUAUAUUGUAUUUUCAUGAAUACUGGUUACUCAGAUAAGGAUGGCGUUGUGAAAGCAGAUAAAAUAGUUACAUUGUUUCCAGAAAGUGAUAAAAAAGCUAUAAACAAGGUUGUAGAUGAGUGUAAUAAUUCUAAAGGUACGGAUACAGCAGAGGUUCUUUUUGGAUUUUAUAAGUGUUUUAUCAAUAAAUCUCCAGUAAGGGUGAUACUGUAA